AUGCCAUCCAAAUUAAUUUGUCUUGGCUUUAUUUUUUCUUUUAUAUCCCUCUUUUGCCCAAUAAACUGUGAAAAUUCAAAAAAUCAAAAACUUGGGGAAUAUAUAGUUAGCAUAACAUUUUUGGACGAAAUCAUGUCAGGAAGAUGUGAGCUCAAUAUGGAACUCAAUAAUGAAUACUCUGGUAGGCGCUUCACUCACCACAUACAGGAGCUCUAA